AUGGGUGGACGAAAAGGCGCUGUAGCUCCAACGGUCGUUGUUGAUGCCGUUCUGUUGUAUAAGGAUGAAGUAGUAGUUACUAACAAUAAUGGAGAAAAGAAAGUUGCUGUAGCUACAGAUAGUGUCUGGUGUAAGAUCAGCACAUAUCUAAAUAAUCGUAUGUCAGGUAGAGCACUACAUACAUUUGUACAUAAAGACCGAUACAAUGUAAAAGAAAAACUUGGUUUUCCGUCUCAAAAACCAAUUUUAGUUUCACGGAAAUUUAAUGAUGAAGCUCAACCAUCAUAUGAAACUGCAGACUCUUUUAGUGACAGUAGCAGCGAUGAGCAGAACUUUAUGCCGACAAAAAAGUUUGUCAUUACGUUUUCUGCCGAUGAAUGGCAACAAAUUAAACCUCAAGAAACAAUUUAUAAAUUGAAUGAAAAGUCACGACCUACACAAAGCACAAGGACGUACCUUACAUUAGCUAAAAAUACUUGGACGCCUAUAUUAGCUGAACAUUUUUGGAUACAUAAUCAGUUACCUUGCUGUUUAUCAUUUAACAGAGCCAAAGUGUAUGCAACUGGAUCAAGUUAUGUUAGUGUUAUUGGUCGUUGUACAAUUUGUAACUCACUAUUUAAAGGGAUUAUUGAAGAUGUGCCUCCAGAAAAUGCUAGAGUUCUCAUGAAAUGUACUUACUCCGGUAACUUUAAUGAUGCCCAUAAACUAUUGAAAAAACGUCGUCUAAUUGGUCCAGCUAAGACCAAAGUCAUUGAUUCAAUUUUUAAUGUAGGACUGUCAUGUGAAACGUACAGAGAAAGUGAAGCUGGACGAUUAAUGAAAAUAGGAAAUUGCGAACCUGCGAUUAUUCCAACUGGCAAUUCUUUACGUGCUCUAAAAAGUCGAAAAUUAGCUAACGACCGUAGACACGAAGAUACAUUGUCAUCUUUGGCUAUAAUGAAAAUGGAAAAUGAGUAUAUUAAUGUAAUCCAUGAUAUAGGGUACGAUCCUUUUUAUGUAUAUUAUUAUUGUGCUGAACAAAUUCAUUUAUACAGAGGAUACUGUAAUAGUACUCAAAUACCAAAAUUAAUAAUCGAUGCAACUGGUUCGGUCGUUAAAAAAUUUCGUAAAUUUGGUGAAAAAAAAACCAAUUCAUUGUACUUAUAUGAAGCUCUAGUGUAUGAUAGUACAAAAAAAGUAAAUUUUACCGUAACGAACAUGGUGAGUGAAAAACAUGACAAUGUAUGUAUUUCAAAAUGGCUUAUAAAUUGGAUAAAUUCAGAUGUAAAAAAACCAAAGGAAACGGUUUGUGAUAAUUCUUUGGCCCUUCUAUCCGCUGUCGUUCAAAGUUUCACGCAAUACACAUCACUUCAAGUAUAUAUACGAAUAUGUUCAGACCUGUUAACUGGAGAAUUAAGUACAAAUUCACAUUUAGUUCCGUGGUGUUUUGUAAGAAUUGAUGUGGCACAUUUUUUAAAAAUUUGCACACAAUGGGCUCCAUUAAAAACUGUACCUCGGAGAGUGAGAGAAAUUAUUUUAAGAGUGGUUGGACUUUUGAUAAAAUGUAAAAGUUUAAUAGAAGCCCAAUCAUUACUACAUUCGUUGUUUGUAGUAUUAGUUAAUGAAACAAACGGAAUUGACGGAAAUGGUCAGGAGACUCCAUGCGAAAUGAAUUCUAAAAUACUUAUUGACGCUACUUCUACAGGUCUUGUACUGUUUGAACAGCAAUUUAAUGACUUAUUAGCAGCUGCAGAGACGGAGGAUGAAGCUCGGAACUUUUUAGAAGAUGAAUAUGAAGGGUUAAAUGAUUAUGAAAACCCAUUUCAAUCGUGGGCUGACAAUAUACAUAACAGAAGUAAGGGUUCCAUACAAGAAGGUUCAGGGAUAAACCCUUUGUACUUACCAACAUUGGCCCCUUACAUUAUUAAAAGUAUGAAAUUAUUACCCUUAUGGUCGGGUAUCAUGAUUUCGAUAUUCGGUUAUGGUGAUGAUAUUUCGACUUCAGCAGCAGUUGAAUCAAGCUUCAAGAAGCUUAAAACAGUAACAUUCAAACACAUUUCAAUUCCGAUUGAUCUAGAACAUUUUUUGGAAAAUCACAUCAAAUCGCUGAAAGGAGCUGCUUUGUUACGGUCAUCCUGUAAGAAUAUAGUGAUUUCUUCAUUGCCUGAACCAUGUGAAACAAUUGAUGAUAGCCAUAGCUGUACAUCGCCAACAAUUAUUUCAAAUAAUUUAAAUGAAAAUGACAACAUGUACAUUGAAAAUCGUACGAAAUCUCCUCAAUAUGAUGCCUUAUAUGUGGUAGAAAGGCCAAUUAUUAAGAAUAGUAAUACUGAAGAAUCGCAUGAUAAUCUACAAACAAAAUCAUUGCAGUUUAUCAAAAUACUACCUGGUAAUUGUACGAUCGAAGAAAGUAGAGCUGUUGAAAGCUGGGACCGUAAAAGCAAAAAGGAAAGAAAAAACAACUCUUAUCUCAAUCCAAACCCCCACUUACGGCAUCUAAAUAUAAGUACUGCAAAAAAUAAACAAACCUUACCAAUAUUGAAAAAUGGUUCAAGGUUUGCUGAAUUAAAAAGCUGCAAAUCAAGAGAAGGCAAUUUAAUUUUCAGCAAUACUUGUGCUUUUGAUGCUUUAGCGGCGUUAUUGAUGGUGUCUUAUUGUGAUAGCUACAAAUUUGCAACAGCGCAUAAUAAUAUGUAUAAACAUGUAGAGUUUUUGAAUUUCAUUUCUAAUAUUAUAACGGAUGGAGUAUCAAAAUCUACGUAUAGCAAAAGAGCGGAUAUCAUAAUUACAUUUAUGAGUCCUGAUGUUCAAGAAUUGGAAUAUGGCAACUCCUUGGUGACAUGUGAUGCGACGAUGAGUCAUGCUAUAAAUACCCUGCUUAGUGGCAUUCCAUCAGCCAAAGAGGUGACGGAGUGCAUAUCAUCUACAUGUGAAAAAUCUGAGAGAUCAAUCAUGUACCUAACGUACCAAAUAGGUAAAGAAGGCCGUUUAGAUGAUUUACAGACAUUUUUGGAUGAACGUACUGAAACAGACUUUAUUAAUUGUCCACAAAUUGGCUGUGAAAAUCUGAGGUCUGUUAAAACAAAUAUUUCAAAAUUGAAUUUAUUCAUUGAUAUCCUUUAUUGGGAAGGAGAAAAUGUCGUAGUGAGUAGUGAAGCAGCAAAUAUCUUUCUGGUACGAUUGUGUGAUAUUCCUCCUAUUAUCAUAUGCGAAACAAUAACGUACGAACUUCGUGGCGUGAUAGCUUUCAGUCAGGGAAAAUCAAAACUCAGACAUUCAAUUGGCCAUUAUACAACUUACGCAAAACGUGAUACAAGAAACUGGGAGUUGUAUGAUGACCUAAAAAUUAAACCUGUGCCAGUUAAGGAUACAACUAUAGUGCCAUGUGAAUUUUUAUUGUAUACCUACAAUUUAAAUCUAUUUUUUUUACAGUUAUUCUAUAUCAAUAUUCAUGACAAUGGUUCAUUAAACUUAAAGAUAUAA